AUGAAUCAAAAUUUAAAAAACACUUCUUGGGCUGAUCGAAUAGGAAGCGACGAUCAAGAAAGAAAAGCUAACUCUUCAGAGGUUUCACAAAGCCCACCACCCAAUAAUAGCUUCGAGUCAUCAAUGGAUUCACAAUUUAGCUAUGCUCAUUCAAAUAAAAGUAGCAUUUCAUUCGAAUCUAUUCAAACCACGGAAAGACUUCUUGACAAAUUAGACCUCAGCUUGGAAGAUGAACUGAUUCUGCAAGAAGCUUUAUUAGAAGAAGAAAACGCGUCGAGAAAUUCGCAACUGUCACAAACAAGUGGUCCAACAUUAUGUAUGCCUGCGUCGGAAUUCCCUUCAUUAAGGUAUAGAACUAAUCCCUCUCCAACAUAUAUACAAGCUAGAGAUCGUUCUCUUAUCAUAGACAAUUUAAAAGAAAAGGAUUCCACUUUGAGAGGCAAAUACUCUUCCGGUAAAGUGGAAAGGCAUUUGCCCGUGAAGUCGAGAUACUCUUAUAUCGUCGAAGAAGAUUAUGACUCUGAGACUUUUAGUGGCAUGAAACCCCAAAUGAAUAGAAAUGAGAAAGAUUAUAAGUACCCAAACCUUGAAAAUGGCAAUAGAAGCACAAAUAGCCCUAAUCCUUUCAACUUCGAGAAAUAUAGGAUUGAAAAUACUAGACUGCACCAUCUUUAUCCUACGCUGAUAUCAGACAAUAAUACUAGCGUUGACAAUAAUGCUAAUAGUAAGAAUAACAGAACUACUAGUAAUAAUAUUAAUACAUCUACAAAAACUGACAGAAUAUCCGAGAAGCAGAGUUGCCCCAAUGAGUUCACAACCACGCAAAAGAGUAAUUGUCUUUAUCGGAACGGAAGUUCAACAAGCACCAACACCUCCUUUUCUGAAGUUGGACAACUAUCAAAGCCGAAAACUCAGUCUUCUUUUGAAAGUGAAUCAUCCUCAUUCUCCAAACUCAAGUUAACUAAGAGUGAUACAACACCCAUCAAACCAUCUCCUAAACGGUCUAAUUCCUCUACCUCGACGAUAACGAAAACAAAUACCAUGACAAAUGAUAUUUCAUUACCUCCAACGCCACCAUAUAAAGCUCAUAAAAAAAAAACGUCACUAAAUUCGCUAAAAAAACUUUUUAAAUCUCCUAGGACAAGAGCAAAAAAUAAGAAAGACCUUGAGUCUGAAGGAUCAAGCCCUAUCCGGUCUGCCACCAAUUCAUUGGACUUCUCUGGGGAGAAUAUUCAACUUCCAUCUACUUCAAGUACCAUUAAUAAUUCCAGUCCACAUUUAGCUAGGUAUAUUUUUCCUCCAAACCCAGUUUUCCAUUUUAAAACAGCAUCAACACCUCAGUCAUCCACGGAUAAAAAAAAGAACAGUAAAGCACGUCCAAAUAGGACUCAUUUGAGAACUUUCUCGGAUUUCCAUACAACGGAAAAAGAUUCAAAAAUAGGUGAACUAAGUGCACUAACAGAACAAUCAAAUAAGCCCUACCACCCGAAAGUUAGAAGAAGAACACUUUCUUUAGAUGGUAUGUUGCCCAAUAAUUCGACGCAAUGCAUGGAUUCCUUCAGUCAUAAAAAAGAAGGAUCGAACGCAACAAGCAAGUGCGGGAAGCUUAAAUUUCACCCAGAACCUUAUGAUAAUGAUGAAUCUUCACACAUCGGACAGGCAAUUACUAUGCGUCAUCAAGGCAAACUUGAAGAAUCUGCACAACGACUGAAAAAAGCCUGCGCGUGCGGAAACAAAACUGCGUUUCUGUUAUAUGGACUAGCCCUGCGACAUGGCUGCGGAGUGGACAAGAACUUGAAAUUAUCAUUAGGAUAUUUAAUGGCUGCCACUGAUAUCAAAUCCUUUGCUGCUGAGGUUCUUGAUUUAGAUAUAAAUCCGUUAAAUUUUGCUUCAAUGGACGAUAUCCCUGAUAUAGCGCCUGAACCAACAGCACCUGCCUUGUACGAAUGUGGUAUGGCAUAUUUAAAGGGUCUUGGGAUGGAUCAUCCCGACGAGCGAAAAGGUUUGAAAUUUUUGGAAAAAGCUGCUCUAUUAGGCCAUGUAGACUCAAUGUGCUUAAGCGGGACAAUUUGGUCCAAAACUUCAAACGUAAAGAAAAGGGAUCUCGCCAGAGCUGCUGCAUGGUUUAGGAUAGCCGAUAAAAAAGGUGCAAAUCUAUUAGGUUCAGAUUGGAUUUAUAAGGAAAAGUACAUGAAACAAGGUCCGAAAUAA